AUGGCGGCCGCCGAACUUUUUCAAUUGCGGAAGGUUGUCGAUCAAGAUCAAGAUGGCGGGUGUUGCAGAGAAAGCUCGAUUCUACUUGGAGAGGAAGAAAUUCGCAACAUUGUACAGCGUCGCAGCGAUUUUGAGCACCGGGCGCUUGCACCGGGCGUUCAACCUACCGACUUCACGAACUAUGUCGCUUGGGAAAUUUCACUUGACGCCCUGCGAGUGAAGCGCUGCGAACGCCUCAAGAUUCGUCACGUCGCUUCGCAGCAUGCCACUCAGGCUCGGGUUCUAGCUAUUUACGAGCGAGCCGUCACGAAACGCCCUGCAUCAAAGGAGUUGUGGCUCGAUUAUCUAACCUACACUGAACGAAUCAGGGCUACCAAGAGGUGGAGGAGGACUAUGACCCGUGCCCUGAGACUUAUGCCACGCGAUGCAGAGCUCUGGGUGCUCGCAGGACGCAGGGCCGCAAAGAACGGCGAUAUGGGUACUGCGAGGGGAUAUUUCAUGCGCGGCUGCCGAUUCUGCACUGUAGAUGGCGGACUGUGGAUCGAGUACGCUCGGUGCGAGAUGGAGUGGCUGGCCAAGAUGGAGCGUAACCGCAAAGACAGCAAGAAGGGGGGGAGGGUUGGUCCCUUGGCGGGCGAGCAAGUUGCAGAAGGCGACGCCAUCAUGUUCAACGUUGGAGAAGACGACUUGAACGAUGAAGAUGAAGGCACAGCCAUCAUGCCAGAGCCGGAGGCUGAAGAGCCCGUUUUUGAUGAAAAACCGCCAGUACGCUGGAGCGCAACCCAGCCAUGGAUGGUGCGAUACCAAUGGCUAUUUUCAACAUUGCAAGGAAACAACCGUUCUUCAACGACGCAACCGCCGAGCUUUUCUUCGACCUGUUCGCCGUCUUCACCAAGGUGUCGGCGCAAUCCGUGCUCAUCCAACAUGUGCUGGCAGUCAUGCAAGAGGACCACCAGACAGCGGCUUCAACAUGGGGCUGCUACACGCGCUUUCCGCUGGUGGGCAUCAAUCCUUACACGGCCGACUUUCCCCGCGGUCUUCGAGAAGCCUUGUCCCGACUCAAGGUCGGUUUGGAAGCAACAUCAGAGUCUACCAUGUUGA